AUGUCAAAUUAUAAUACUCUUCUGUGCCCAUUCAAACAGGUCAAACUCGUCGCAUGCGGACAACAGCCGGCACACGAUUCAGCCCAACACACAGUCACACUCGCCAAACCCGUCUGGCUCCAACUCGUCAUAGUCGUCCGGAUCGUCAUUCGCCAACUGAGCGCCGCCGUACCAGCCGCCGUGCUGUUUCUCCAUGUGCUUGUAGAUGAGGUGGGGGUCCACCUGCGCGCCACAGUAGAAGCACCAGUGGGUGUGGCAGCCCGGCACGGGGCACGAGAUGUGGUCGCAGCCGCCGCGCUUUUCGGUGACGGUGCCGCACCCCGGGCACGGCUUGAAGCGGUGGGCGGGCGCGGCGUCCUUGCGCCGUGUCGCCUCGGCCGCCUUGGCCUCGCAGUCGGCACACUGCCAGUCGACGACGUCGGGCGGCGCGCCUUGCGCGCAGACGCGCUCGGCAAACGGCUGGGCCAGGCCGCAGUCGUUGCACCAGGCGUAGAUCCAGGUGCCGGCGCGGGCGACGGCGGUGCGCAGGUUGCCGAGGGUGUUGAGGCCGAAGCGCGCGACGACGGCGGGCGCGGGCCGGCGGCGACAAAAGGGGCAGUGCAGGGCGGCAACGUUGAGCAGGCGGCCGCGGGCGUUGAGGCCGUACCAGUCGCUGUGGCAGCCGGCGCAGAUGCGCUGGCCGCAGCCGCGGCGCCCGCAGGCGGCGCGCAGGCUGCGCUUGCUGGCGGCCGCAAAGCAGAGGCUGCAGGCGUCGGCCUCGGCGCGGCGGGCGGUGAUCCAGCGGCGCAGCUCGGCGACGACGUCGUCGACGUUGCGGACGGCCUUGCCGUGGAGGGCCAGCGCCAGGGUGCCGUGGCCUUUGGAGUAUUGGGGCGGUGGCGGCGGGAGCACCUCGACGGCGGCGGCGAAGCCCUGGACACCGGCGGUCGAGAUGGUGUAAAAGAGGCUGCGGCCGCUAAACGGCUCGAGAAUCUUACCGCCGGUGGCGACGUCGACGACGGUCGCGACGGCGCCGGUGGCGCAGGCGGGGCACUCAAACGCCUUGGCGCUGAAGCCGGGCGGGCGGUAGGCGGCGGGCCAGAUGACGCGGCUCAGGCAGGUGCGGCACUCGACAAAGGGCGCCUGGGUCACGGCCGCGGCGUCGUUGGCCUGGGUGCCGGCGGCGCGGCAGUAGUGGCACUUGGGCCGCACGGCCAGGCUGUCCGGGUUCGGGGUGGCGGCGGUGUCGGCGGCGGAGACGUGGGCGGCGACGCACGCGUCGUGGAUGGCAGGAGUGGCACAGGUGCAGGCGGUCUUGUCGCACAGGCCGCAGAUGCCCUGGGCGGCCAUGAUGGUGACGGAGCGGGGGAAGUGGCAGACGCGGCAGACGACGGUGGGGCCCAUGGGGACCUUGGUCUUGUCGGGCUGCCAGCCGAUGCGGGCCGUGAGGGUGGUGUCCAGGUUGAUUUCGGCCAGCUUGUAGUCGACGAGGGCCUGGAAGAGGGCGCGGUCGGCGCUGCGGAGGAGGCCGGUGGCGCCGUCCGUAGGCGCAGUGGUGCCUGCGGCCCGCCGGGCGACAUAGUCCUGGUCGGCGGACAACAGCAGGUUGAGGCAGUUGGUGUUCCAGGUCUCCGGGACAUCGAGCGUGUUCCAGUGGGGCGCAAAGGCCAGCAGCUCGCGGUCGGCGACGUCGCGCAGCGGCGCCAGGCCCAUGCGCAGGGACAGGGCGGCCAGCAGGGCGGCCGGGCGCGGGCCCAGCAGGGUGCCCGGCACAAUGGUGUGCAGCAAGACCUUCCAGAACUUGCGCUGGUGCUUGGGGCGGGCGAGGGCGAGCGGGAUGCGGGGGACAUAGCCGGGGUCGCCGGGGCGGGCGGUCAUGGCGGCAAUGUGGCCCGGCAGGUCGUCUUCGGUGGCGACAUAGGUCAGGCGAGCCAGGACGCGUCCGAGGCGGCGCAGGAUCCGGGCGUCGCAGGAGCGGCCAAUUUCGAGCAGGUCGCCGCGGGUGAGGCUGACCGGGGCGUCGUUGUCGUUGUCCGCUUCGUCUUCGUCGCCGUUGGCGUCACCACCCGCCGUCGUCAGCUUGGCAAAGUCCACGGUCGGGUCGAGCAGCACACAGGGGAACUGGUCGGCGGCCGGCACGCUGGCGACGAGCUCGAGGAUCUCGGCCUCGUAGUCGUACGACUCCUCGAGCCACUGCUUGAGGCGGGCCUUCUUGUCGGCGUCGGUGGUGGCGUCGACCUGGCGGCCGAACUGGGCCAGCAGGUCGUCGCGGGCCGGGUUGAGGCGGUCGCCGCAGACGGUGCGCCAGAGGCUGCCAAAGACGGGGUUGACGGUGAUGGCGGCAACGUCGGUCUUGAUGAUAUCCUGCAGGUUGGUGACGACGAGGCCGCGGUAGGCCUCGUCGGCGCGGUAGCGCUGGCUGAAGUCGGCCAAGGCGGGCUUGCGGGCGGCGACAUGCUGCUUGAGGUCGGCGAGGCCGACGCCGAUCUUUUCCAAGUUGUCGCGGGACCACUUGCUGACAUCGGGGGUGUCCUCGUACACCCAGUACUUCUUGGCUUCGGGGUCCCGCUCGCCGGACAGCUUGUCGAGGUGCACGGUGUCGCGGUAGCGGCAGUACUUGGCCAGGUGCGCCGCACUGCCGUCCUUGGCGCCGCCCGUCUCCUUCUUCUCGACGCCCAUCCAGGUCAACAGGACGCCCAUGGUGACCUGCGCGAUGGCGGCCGCACCGCAGCGGCUGGGAAUCUCGAAGCACGCGCCGCCGGUCCGGGCCGAGAGGUAGGUGAAGGGGGCGAGGGUGUCGACGUGGUCGCUCUGGACGAUGCUGAAGACGCGCGCCUGCUUGCGGCCGGUGCACAGCGUGCGGGCGAGCGUGACCCAGUCGGCAAACGCCGCAGCCUGGGGCCCGUACAGCGACGCGGUGGCGGGGGUCUUGCUGGUGAGCGUGUCCGUCUCGCGUAUGCGGUUGACGCCGCCGGUGGCGGGCGUGUGCGGCGGGGCAUCGGCGAAGACGACGACGACGGUGCCGACGUGGUCGCGCAUGUUGGCGUACAUGCGGGCCAGGCCCGUCUUGGCGGCCUCGGGCCAGUCGCCGCCGUGGCUGGCUUGCAGGUUCCGCGCAAAGUCGAGCAGCUGCGUGCGGGUGGCCUUGGCGUUGGACGGGACGUGGUCCAAGUCGGCGCGGGCGUCGAGGCCGUGCCAGCCGGAACACUCGGUGAGGGCGCCGCCGCAGUAGUCGCGGUAGGCGACGAUGCCGAUGCGGGAGAAGCAGCCUGUGAGGGCGGAGAUGCGGAUGAUCUCGGGCAGCGAGUCGUUGAGGGCGUGCAGGUAGAUGCCCAUGGACGCCGUGGCGUCGGUGACGAUGCACAGGUCGUAGACGCGCGUGUCCUCCAUGGUGGCGGUGGUGGGAUGGGAUGGGGGUUUGAAAACAAAGAAAAAAAAAGGAAAUGGAGAACGAAAGGCACGGCGACCAGUGCCUUAAGUAUCGUUGUCGUCAAGCGGCACCUUGGCAAGGCACAUUGCGAUCUUGACAGGGCCUCAGCCAGAGGCAAGGCGGUGCACGAUCACCAUGGCGCUUGA